UCAAACGGUGGGUGGGUUUUGGGCGGAAUAGCACGGGAUGAGAUGCGAAAUUACAAAAUUGUUCCCGAGUGUUUGCCCUAGAUAUGCUCUCGAUCCCCUAUCCCACUCUGUUGUGUGCGUCAUUUGAAGCGGCGGUGCCUGCGUUUGGCGAUGGCAACAAGCAGCGCACGACGCCGAGUGAGCAAGGUCCACGGCAGCAGGAGCGCGGCCUCGCAGCGGCAAGCAGGAGCGUGGCCGCGAGCGGCGGCAAGCAGCGCGCGGCCUCGAGCGGCUUCAAGCAACGCGCGGCCUCACGGCAGCCCAAGCCUCAGCUCGUGAACUUCUCUUGUGUCCUGCUGCCUGGCUGUUUGGCUCCAACCGGCAGGUGCUUUCUUGCUUUCUUUACUGAAUGAUCUUGGUUGGUUGAAUAGUGAGUGCUUGGCUUACUAAAAUUAGUCGAAAGCUCCUUUCUUUAUCUUAUACUUGUUCCUUUCACUAUUUCUUGCUCCUUGUGCACUCAUCUUUGGGUAAAAUAAAUCUGAAUCUUAUCUUUAGUGAGGGAUCAGGUUUACCUUGCUUCAUCCUUGUUGGGGAAAAUUAGGCUAUGCUUCUGUAUUUUAAUUUAGAUAGGCAUUCUUGGGCAUGUAUUGAACUAAAUCUUCCUAUGUACAAAUUGACUGAUGAUUGGACAGAUUAAGAACAUCUCUUUUCCUUGCACAGAGAAUGGCUCCAGGGUGAAUCAAUAUUUUAAUGCACCAUGGGGGUACUUUUUCAAAGCAUGGUGACCUAAUUUAUGAGGGAGGUGAAGUCUCCCUUUUUAAAAACAUUGAUAAGGAAGAAACGUGCUACUUCUGCAUAUUAGGCCUUGCUAAAAGCGUAGGAUUCAAAGAUGGCGGUAAUCUGUUUUAUACCACUGGUGGUACUAAUCUUGAAGCUGGCAUAGACCAUCUAAAAGAUGAUGCAUCUGUAUCUAAAAUGAUGAAGCUUGCAAACCAAAGCAGCUUUAUAGAUGUUUACAUUCAGCACAAUGAACAUGAUGCUAUGAGCUAUCCAACGGUUGUUGAAGCCGUCCAACAUGACAACAUUGAUGAGGUACAAUUUAUGUUGCAUUAUAAUGUUAGUCACAUUAAGCAAUGCAUUUUUUGUGUUAAUAAUUUUGCACUUGUCUUGAGCAUCUUUUUCCUUUAAAUAAUUGUGUUGUGCACCUAAGAAAGCUUUUUGCUGGCCUUUUAAGUGUUUGUAGCAAAGAUGCCUUUUUUAAUAUCCUAAUUGAUUGAUUACUUUGUUUGGAGCCACUAAUUUUUUUUAUGAAUUACCUCCUUAAAUUUUAAUCUUGAACUUGCCAAAUUUUAUUUCACAGAAAUGGCCCGACCUCCUGCCAGGAGCGAUAUGCUAAUCUUGUGCCAUGCAAUGAGGUGACGUAGAAUAAAAUUUUUGCUGGCAUUACAUGUCCUUUUCCUGCAUUGGGCAGUAUUGGUUAGGAGGCGUCGAUAUAUGCUGACUAGAGAGCCUUGUAGAUUUGACCCAGCUAGUUGAAAAAAGAAUUUGAAUGAUAUGAUAUUCGAAAGUGAUAUCCUGUGUAUUGAGCAGCUUCGGAUGGAUAGGCGUUGUUUUUGGGUUCUAACUGGGUUGGUGAGAGAUAUAGGCGGGCUGCAGGAUACUAAGAGUGUGACUGUAGAAAUGGUUGCAACGUUUCUACUUUCUACACAUACUAGCAUGUGACUAGAAGAGCUGCUUUAUGAGGACAGAUUAUCAAUGAUCUCAAGAGACUAUAAGUCGGCAUUUCUAUGUGUUAGGAGCAAUUCUAAAGCUUUGGAGUGUGCUUCUUAAGAGUCCUGAACCAAUCCCUGAAAAUUGCAAGGAUGAAAGGUGGAAGUGGUUUAAGCUAAAAGUAAAUGAAAGCAUAUAGAGCCAAACAUAUGUUUUAAAUGCAGUGGCUUUGGUUGGGAUGACAAGAGAAAAAUGGUUGUUGGAGACAAAGAGCUAUUUAUGGGCUGGGCAAAGUCUCGUCCUGGAGCACCUGCCUUGUACGGGAAGCCUUUUGUGAACUAUGAUAAGCUCUGUGAAAUCUAUGCAAAUGAUUUGGCUAAAGGAGGAAAGGCCAAAGGUCCAGGGGAUCAUCUUGAAGUGAAUGAAGAGCAAUCUACUGCAGACAUUACUGAAACAACCAACCAAAUUAAAACUGCAGAUGAGUCAAAUUAUCAUGCACCAAACCAUAGCAGUAACCCCUCGAGUGGAAUAAAAUCUGGAGUUGGUCGUAAGAGAAUCAUGCUGGAAGAUGAUCUUGUCGCUACUGAAUUGACAAAUGUGUCAAAAUCAAUUAGAAGCCUCGUGGAAGUUGAAACAGGAAAUACUGCUACUUUAAAUGCUACGCAGGCUGCUUUUUUUGCAGGAAAUUGAAGUUCAAAAGAAGCUUGAUGAGAGGAAUAAGCUGUUCCCUGAGCUGAAGAAAAUAUCCACCUUCAGUCAGCAACAGAUCGUGAAGGCUGCACUUAUCAUUGGUCAGGAUGCAUCAAAGUUAAAUCUUUUCUUUGACAGCCCAGCUGACUGUAAGCUUGAGUUUGUUCGCCAAGUUCUAGAUAGUGCUAACUAAGUGGUUCAUGUAGGACUUAUCAAAGAAUAAGAUAGUAGCAUAAGAAGGUAGUACCAUCAUAGUAACUGAACUACUCCUUAAAUUAGUAGUUACAAAUGGAAACUGAACAAAUUACAUUUAUUAAGUAUAAAAGCA